UCUAUUUCUCUAUCCUCUUCACUCUAUUUAAAAACACGCUCCUUCGUCCCUGUCUUUCUCCCCAUCAAACUGCAACUUCAAAUUUUGUCCUCAUUUUUCUCUGCUUCUGAAAAGUGACAAUUCAAAAUUCACACAGUCACAAGCUCUGUUUUGACAUUCAAUUAUAAAUACUCACACUCAUCCAAAAAGGCAGACAUUAACCAGAAAUUACACAGUCGAAUGACGAAACGAAAAAUGAAACAGAGCACUAAUACUGGGAAUAGACACCCAGUUUAUAGAGGAGUUCGUAUGAGAAGUUGGGGCAAAUGGGUAUCUGAAAUACGUGAACCUCGUAAGAAGUCACGUAUUUGGCUCGGCACUUACCCUACACCAGAAAUGGCCGCUAGAGCACAUGACGUCGCCGCAUUGAGUAUUAAGAAAAACUCAUCUAUUCUAAAUUUCCCUCAUCUGGUAAACUCAUUGCCUCGUCCAAUUUCACUCUCACCAAGAGAUGUUCAAGCUGCUGCAGCUAAAGCAGCUUCAAUGGAGGAGCCAAUUAUUAGUUCUAUCUCUUCUUCAAAUUCUUCUUCAUCUUCUGACUGUACAUUGGAGACAAUAACAUCAGCAUCAGACGUCGAGUUGGGUGAAAUUAUAGAGCUUCCUUGUUUGGAGGGAAGCUUUGACUCGAACGAGUCGAAGACCGAGUUGAGGUUAAGUGACUCGGUUGACGGUUGGCUGUACGCACCGUGGUGGGCACCAGAUAGCGACUUUGGUGAGUAUUUGCUUGAGCAAGAUGCCGUUGGAGAGAGUUUAAUUCUUAGCAACUUUGAGAAGCAGAAAUAAGCUUUUAUUUUAAUAAAUACUGAUCAAAGAGUGGUGUGAAUUUUUUUUCCUUUUCUUUUUUAGACAUUUGGAUUUUUUUUUUAAAUUCCCUCCCAAAUUAGAUGGAUCUAUAAUGAUUUCACACUUUCCUCUAUCGUGACUCGAACACAGAACCAAUUAGACAUUUGGAUAAUUCUACGAUUCUGGCAAUUAGUCAUGUGCGUUUGUAUGUAAAUAAUGUGUAAUAUACUUGUAAUAUACUUCUUCUGUUCCAUUUUAACUA